UUUUAGAUGUCUUCUGCUGAUAACUUUGCAGACAAGCUGAACAAACUUCAUGAAAUUAUUUCUGCUCUAGAUAUUUCAUCAGCGACAAACUGGUUGACAUGUUUCUUUUUUUAGAUGGCUACAUUUGAAGAUUAUUGUGUAUUAACCCAUGAGGAUUUGGAAGAUAUGAAAGAUUGCAUAUCAACUCAGGAUCUCCCAUCAGCGAUAAACACGAUAAAAGAAUACCUUAAAAAGCAGGAUCUUGUAGAACUUAACAUUGGUGUGACGGGAGAGUCUGGUUCUGGAAAGUCCACGUUUGUCAAUGCAUUCAGGGGUCUAGGAGAUGAAGAAGAGGGCUGUGCUAAAACUGGUGUAGUGGAGACCACUACAGAACCAGCAGUUUACCUUCACCCAAAAUACAAAAAUGUGAAAGUGUGGGAUCUUCCUGGCAUUGGAACACCAAACUUCAAAGCUGAUGAGUACCUUAAAAUGGUUCAGUUUGAACGCUAUGAUUUUUUCAUCAUCAUUGCUUCAGAUCGGUUCAGAGAAUGCCACACUCAGCUGGCCACAGAGAUUAUGAAGAUGAAGAAAAGAUUUUAUUUUGUUCGUUCCAAGAUUGACUUGAGCAUUGAGGCCGAAAAGAGAAAGAAAAACUUUGACCUGAAAAAUACACUGGAUAUCAUCAGAAAAGACUGUGAAAAUGGUUUGAGAAAGAUCGGUAUAGAAGAUCCUGUCGUGUUCCUGAUCUCUGGCUGGGAGCUCGGAAAGUAUGAUCUAAAUGUUCUGCAGGAGAGGAUGGAGAAGGAGCUUCCACAGCAUAAGAGACGUGUGCUGAUGUUGGCUUUGCCGAAUAUCACACUGGAGAUUAAUGAGAGAAAGAAGAAAGCUCUAGAGGAAAACAUUGGAAAAGUUGCCUUCCUGUCUGCUUGUGUGGCUGCUGUUCCGGUUCCUGGUCUUUCAAUUGCUGUGGAUUUAGCCAUCAUAGCAGUUGAGAUAGAGAAGUACUGCAACACCUUUGGUCUUGAUAAGGCGUCUUUGGAGAAGCUCUGUGAAAAAUAUGGGAAGAGACUAGAGAAUGUCGAGGGUCUGAUUAAUACAGCUUGGUAUCAAGGAUUAUGCACAGGUUCAAUAAUAGCCAUACUAAGAGAAAUAUCCUUUCUGAUAACAGAAGAUGCAGUUGAGUCUGCUGUUAGGUUUAUACCCAUUUUAGGCUCUGUGGCGGCAGGAGUAAUGUCCUAUUGCACUGUGUCAACAAUGCUGAAGAGUGCUCUGAAUGAAGUAGCAGAAGAUUCUAGGAAGGUGCUAAUCAGUUUGCUGGAGACUGAAGUGUAAUCAGACAGAUUUA